AUGUCAUAUCUGCUGUACUUUGCUGUCUUGCUUGUCGUCCCGACACCGUCCCAGGGCUGCUCCCAGCCUAACGGUUGGCGUCCCAAGCCACUUGACCAGCGUGUCCCCUUAGCCGACAUCGUGGUCCAUGCUAAAGUCUUGAACAAGACUGAAACACCCCGAUUUGAGCAUGACUGGCCAGACGCAUACAGUGGAAUCAUGGAGGUUUACUGUGUGAUGAAAGGAGGCCCCUUGCCACAGAACAUCACAGUCGUUGAGAUGGGUUCCAUUGCAGGACAGUGCGUUUCCAACGAUGUUGAUAUUGAUGAGGAAUAUAUUCUCCUCCUGACUCGGCAUGACAUCGACAACACCACGUUUCUGGCAGACAACGUAAAUGUCCAGGCUGCAGUCAUCCCGGCCACACAGGGCAAUCUGGAAAUGGUCGCCGUGAUGUGUGCACUGCCGAGCUUCACUUUUCCGCUAGGCGACGCUGGAAACGCUUUUUGCCCCAUCCGUCCACUUGAGUGUGGAGCGGCUUCACAUUUUGAAUAG